AUGCCGGCUCACACGGUAAACGACGUUGCGCACCCAGCACGCGACGCAGGCAUGGCUGAGAAGAGACAGAUCUGCGUCGAGGACACUGUGCACCUGAAAGCCAAGCAGUGGCUGAUCGGGGUGGUCGAUAGAACAAACCACGAUGUCGACACCCACGAGCCUGAUCCCCAGCGCGACUACAACCUGCAGAUCGUAAAGCACCGCGCCGUGCCUUCGGGAAAAUUCGAGGCAUUCUUGAGGAAUGGAAUUCCUCCGCGCGGAACGGUCCUGGUCUCGUGGCAAACCGAUUUCACCACCGAGCUGGUUCCUGAAUCAGAACUGGAGCUUGUGGACCGGAACUUCUUUGUGGGAGACGUGGUGAAGCGGGACGCGAACAGCCCCAUGAGCGGCACGGUCAUCGGGACGAAGCUUGCGGUCACCAUAGCACCCAUUCGCAUGUGGCCCGAAGUCGACGUUAUCCGGGCUCACAGCUACGAGAAACUCAUUGGCGAUGAUACCACCCAUGCUCCCCGUUCCAUGAUCCCCGCCGAAGAACUCGAGACCAUUCGGCAGUAUCCAGAGGGAGCUCUCAUUAUCUACGACAACUGGGUUGGAAGAAUAGACGAUGCAUAUGACGAGAUCGCGCUUCGACUUAGCAACGGCACUGUUGUGGUGCCUGAGAAUAGCGAUGAACUUACCCCGGUAGACCCAAGGCUGGAGCGGCAUGAAGUCGGCGAUUACGUGAAGACCAAAAAGGGCAAUUUGCGCAGGGGUCGGUGGAUUUUUGGAGCCUUUAAUGCCAAUGUUGAGCCCGGCGGCGUCGUCAUCGAUGUGCGGACCACUUCUGUCACUGUUCAGUGGCUUAGCCGGAGACUAGGCGGCCCUCCGACAAUGCCCGGUUCCUUCCCAUCGGAGCCUCCGAUCGAGCUAGGCCUGGACGACCUUGAGAGCGGAAAGGUGGUCAUCUACGACAACAUGAAAAAGCCGCCGACGCCAACGACUGCCUCGUCGACCACCGUCGCCAUCAGAGCAUCGCCGGAACUGACCCCUGGCCAACGGGUUCGAUUCAAGGAUCUUACCGGUGCCUGCGUAAAGUACGCACCGUACGUCAAGAAACGACCGAGGACAGAGACUCUAGGCUAUGAUACAAACAUUUACACAGUACAGACGACCAAGACGACAGUCGUCACCCAGUGGCAGGAUUUGUCGAUUACGGAAGACGAGUCUAUCGGGCUACUUCCUGACCCUAACGUCGAUGACGAGGAUGAGGUCUGGCCUGGAGAGGUCGUCUGCACCAACGAAAGAAAACCGAAAGAAUCCUCGACCGCUUCUUCGGAGGAACAGGGUGAAUGGUACAUAGAACCUGCAAAGGUUGGUGUAGUCCAGGCGGUCGAGGGCAAGGAUCGCAUGGCAAUGGUGAAGUGGUUCCCACAUGCGACCGUCAAGUUCGUGGAAAACGAUCUUCUCCCCGGGUCGAAGACCGGUACUGCGGCGGGCCCAGAGGAGAAGGUCAGCUUGUACGACAUACGGACAACGGCAUCUCUGAACCGGAGGCGAGGUGACUAUGUCAUCGUUGUCGAGAGCUCAUUAGCAGGAGGGCAGAGUCUAUCGGAUGAUGUUGACUGGUUUGGAGAGGUUGUCGACCUCGGUCUUGAUGGGCAGCUCACCGUGCGGCUUGGUGCUGCAACCCCAGUGCGGGACAUCAAAGUUCCGGUCGAGGGUGUCAUUCUCGCAUAUAGUACCGACCUCGAUGCCGAUAACGGCCCCCAUGACCAUCUAGGGGACAGUAUGUCCGAGGACGAGGCGUACGACGAUGAUAUGGACGACGAAAGCAUCCUCGAUGAUGCGGAUAACUACCUCAACAUGUGGUACGAAUACACCGGUCCGGAUGGGCGAAGAAUAAGGGUUGAGGAUGACAAUGACGACGACGAGGAGGGAUGGGCAACUGAGGACGAGGACGAUGUCGAUGAGUCGUCGGCAGAAGACAACGACGUAUCCAUGGAGGACGCGGCAGCCGUUGAUACCUCGAAAACGACACCCGAAGCCCAACCGUCAGCUGUUCCCAUUGAAAAGGCCGCUUCAAGCCAGCAAGAGCAAUCGACCGUUGCAGUGGACGGUACAUCAGACAGCAAGACUUCAGAGCCAUUCUCGUUUUCCAACUAUCCAGACGCGCCUGCAGCGUUUGAGAUCCUGGAGGAUGCGCCACCGCAAGACCACCACUUCAUUAGGGCUGCUCAGGGCGAGCCAACGCAGCAACGGCUUCGCCGGAUCCAGAAGGAGCACAAGAUCCUUGGGUCGUCUCUCCCACCCGGGAUUUUGGUGCGAACUUGGGAGUCUAGACUCGAUCUCCUGCGCGUGCUGAUUGUGGGACCGGAAGACACGCCUUACGAGUAUGCGCCGUUCCUUGUGGAUUUCCAUCUCGGCCCAAAUUUUCCUUCAUCGCCCCCAGAAGCGUUCUUCCACAGCUGGACCGGUGGCAUGGGGCCUGUAAACCCCAACUUGUACGAGGAUGGCAAGAUCUGCUUGAGCCUGCUGGGAACGUGGCACGCGGACGAAAGGAACGAGAACUGGAGCCAGGCCAAGAGCACGAUUCUGCAGGUGCUGGUUUCGUUGAUGGGCUUGGUCCUAGUGAGGGAGCCCUACUACAACGAAGCUGGAUACGAAGUGCGUCAAGGGACUGAGGAGACGAGCCUGUCGUCAGCAUUGUACUCCGAGAAGGCGUAUUUCAGGGCCCGCGGAUUUAUCAUGCAUGGCCUCACACACCCCCCGGCGCCGUUUGAAGAGGAUGUGCAAUGGCUCUAUCGUAAGGACAGCGGUCCGAAGCUGCUGGAGAAGGCAAUCGAAGCUGCCACGGGCAUCAUUGAGAGGAGUGAAGGAGGCAAUGGAGAGAAAAGGGACGGGCUGAGAAACAUCAGCGCCGGAGCCAUAAUACCUCUCAAGCGCCAGCUGGCAGGGCUGGAGAGACUGAAGCAGAAGGACGCGAAAGCCUAA